CGUAGCGGGGAGUCCCGGCAGGCUUUGCGGCGUGAAAACGGGCUUUCCGGCCGCGCCAUGUCGGUGGUCUUCGUCCCCGAGCGCCUGCGCGGCAAAGCCGAGGUGAACCAGGAGACGCUGCGACGGGUGACAGUUCUGAAAAUUCAAUUGCUGCUUUGUUUUUCUUCCUACAGGCACCAGCACACAUUGCACAGAAAUCUUAUUUAUUUGGCUACUAUUGCUGAUUCAUCUCCUUCCCCAAACGCAGAGAAGACGGUCAUAGAAUGACACCGUUCCCAUCAAGUCUAUUUACAGAGGAUGAAUCAGCAGAGGAAGAGACGGCCAGCUGCACCUGAAGAAUCUGGCCGAAAACGGCAGAACGGAGCUGCCUGUAAAAGAGGCCUUGCCUUUGCAUGAUCAGUAAAUACUGUUUGAUUACCACCCUCCUUAUGCAAAAGAAAAUGCUAUUGAAGACAGUUACAGUAACAUUUCACUCCCGGAGGUCUGGGGGGGGGGUGGGGUGUCAGAGUUUUUACAGGCAGAAGUUUUUUUUUUCCAUAUUUGUCUUAUGCUAAGAAUGAUAAGCUUUGAUUGUAGACUAUAAUUUAUUUUAAACUCUGGAAUUAUCCUAAGUCCCUAUGUAUUUGGCAAUCUAAAAGUGUAAAUGAGCUUUCAAGUGAAACUGUGAUUGAUGCAAACAACAGGGUAAUGUGGCUUUUUGGUUCUUCUUUUUAGAUACAUUAGCAAUCUUGAAAUGUUCCCUGCUAAUAAAACUAAGUAAUUUUUCAUUA